GGAGCUGCGGAAGGAAGCUUGCUCGUGAUUUACUUGGCUACAGUGUUAGGACAAGAAAAGAGGCAUGUGAGAAUGGUCUUUUCUCAACAUGAAGGGUAUGAUGAUCAGAGUAAGAAUGGAAAUUGGAGUAAGCCUACAUUCUGGAAUGCAACUAGGCCUACAACUCCAAACAUUAAGCCUACUCGUCUACCCUGACUGCACAGCAACAUGACUACACUAACUAGCAACUUACGCAGUCAAUGGUAGUACUUAACACAAACACAGGGCCUUUUGCCUUUCUUUUAGACUGCUAUGCAUUUCAUCCUUGCGCCUACAUGCUCGAUUAUGUUGUCCAGUAGAUGGCGGUAUGCGCUUUGCAGGCGUAACCCGCCAACAAAAAUCGACGAAGAAGAAGUAGAAGACAAGACGCAAAGCAUAUUUUCUGUGGUUUGUACUGCAUUUGUCAUUUGUUGUCAUAGUUUGGGAAGCAACAAUAAGCUGAAGCUCGUCACAAAACUGCUGAUAUAGUACGUUACCCUGUUCAGAAGGUUACGCCGAAGUGACUUUAACCUUGCUGAUGACAUUUCGAAAUUUGACGCAGUAUCCUCUGACAUUUCCCGCAAUUCCCUGUGACAUUAUGAAUCUCAGCAUCAGGACUGACCAUGACGAGCAGUCGAACACAACUAAUGUCACAUGUGACUAAACAUGGUUCUACGACGACCAAGUAUCGAGAGUAAGCGACGCCGAGCAAUCUUAGCUGUUGAUGUACAAGUGUUUUUUGAUUCUGUAAAUGACAAACAAUUGUUUGUCUUUCAUCGGACAACUUGUGAACAAGUGAGGGAUCACAGAGAGAUCUGGAGUUCAUUCAUCACGUCAUUUGGAGUCAUGGAAUCUGCAAAAAUACCAUCACCGAUAGCGAGGAUUGCCCUUGUUCUUUCAGCGCUAGGUUGCAGUAUCGUAUAUGUGAACGUUGAAGCUUUAGACCUGGUCACAAAAGUAAUCGGAGACGGUCAUGAGUGUCGCGGCAGGGUGGAGAUCAAUCACGAAGGACAGUGGGUGACCGUUUGUAACCGUGGCUGGGACAUGAGCGAUACCCGGACAGUGUGCAGGGAAGUGGGGUGCUGGCUUGCCUCCCUGCCCAGCGGCUUCAAAUUUAGCCCCAGCAGAGCCGUGUGGCUGAACCAUGUCAGUUGCACAGGUGAAGUUCCCGACCUGACGCACUGCUUGCAUUCCAACAGGAAUUGUACCAUCCUUGAAGAAGCCAUGAUGGACUGCUCAGGGAAGCCUGUACUGUCCAUUCUGUCCCCAUUCACUGCCUUCCAAGUGGGUGAGGCCAUACAUUUCAGCUGCACGGCCCCAAGUGGGCCCAAGUUCCUCAACUUCCACCUGUACAAGAAGGGUGUCGAAACUCCUCUUGUGACGCAGAGGGCUGACAACGGACAGAGGAGAAUGGAGCUGACCCUUACUGAUGUGGAGGUCGGACACCAGGGCACGUAUAGCUGUGUCAACAGUGAUCGGAGGAGCUCGCACCCUCCCAAGCGCAUGUACCACAGUAACUACAUUGACAUUGCAGUAGUGGAGCUUAACCGGCCACAGAUCUGGUACAACACGUCCAUGGAAGUGCCCUCUGGGUGGGUGUUCAAGGGAGAGAGCUUCAGCAUCACCUGCUCCACCAAUCCCCUGUACCCAGGCGGCUCCUUUCAGCUGCGGCUGAUCCGGCCCAACGGCACCGUGCGCCACUCUCUGCCGGCUCUCACAUCCGCUGUGACCUUCAACUUCAGCAACGCGCAGACCCUGAACGAGGGCUACUACUGCUGCCAGUACAAAGUCCAGAUGGGCAAGCGUAUGUUGGCCUCCCGAGAGAGUCAGCCUCUCCCCAUUUCUGUCAGAGCAGACACAGACCUGGCCAUGAGUCCUGUGAUGAUCAGUUUGCUGGUAUCAGGGUUGACCUUCGUUGUGGCCACCUUUAUCAUCCUGAUUGUGUUCAGAAUACUCUCCAAGAGGAAGAGAAAACUUACAGAAUUAGAAAGAGAGAGCAGAACUUGUGUAGACAAUACAUACAUCGCACUGACAACUAUAAAAUAGCAGGACAACGAAACAGAACGGAACCAAA